GUACAUGUAUAUACCAGAUAAACAAAGUAGCACAAAUCCCAACAAAAACAAACCACUGACCGCCGGAACCCCACACUGAAUAACCAUGCCGGUGUUCAAAACCCCAUUUAACGGCUACUCCGUCAAGUUCAGCCCUUUUUACGAACAACGUCUCGCCGUCGCAACUUCCCAAAACUUCGGGAUCCUCGGCAACGGUCGUCUCCACGUCAUUGACCUUUCCCCGGCCGGACCCAUCACCGAAGUCGCCGCCUUCGACACCGCCGACGGCGUCUACGAUGUUUCUUGGUCGGAAUCUCACGAUUCUCUCUUAAUCGCCGCCGUCGCUGACGGGUCAGUCAAACUUUACGAUCUUUCCUUACCACCCACUUCAAACCCGGUCCGGUCACUUUCCGAACACACCCGUGAAACCCACUCUGUGGAUUAUAACGCUGUUCGGCGUGAUUCUUUUAUUUCGUCUUCAUGGGAUGAUACUAUUAAGCUUUGGACUAUUGACAGACCGACUUCCGUCCGUACUUUUAAAGAACAUGCGUAUUGUGUUUAUUCCGCGGCGUGGAAUCCCCGUCACGCGGAUGUUUUUGCAUCCGCGUCUGGGGAUUGUACAGCGCGGAUAUGGGAUGUUCGUGAGCCGGGGUCUACUAUGAUUCUCCCGGCUCAUGAAUUCGAGAUAUUGUCUUGUGAUUGGAAUAAAUAUGAUGAUGCUAUUAUUGCUACUUCUUCUGUUGAUAAGUCUAUUAAGGUUUGGGAUGUUAGGAAUUAUCGGGUCCCUGUCGCGGUUUUAAAUGGACAUGGUUAUGCUGUUAGGAAAGUUAAGUUUUCUCCCCAUAGGGGAAGUGUGCUUGUGUCGUGUUCGUACGAUAUGACUGUUUGUUUGUGGGAUUAUAUGGUUGAGGAUUCAUUGAUUGGGAGGUAUGAUCAUCAUACUGAGUUUGCGGUUGGUGUUGAUAUGAGUGUACUUGUUGAAGGGUUGUUGGCGAGUACUGGUUGGGAUGAGCUUGUUUAUGUUUGGCAACAUGGAACUGAUCCGAAAGCGCCUUGAAAUUUGAAGGGGUGAUUCGUUGAUCUCUUACUGUUUUUUUCGUUUUGGUUACACUGUGAUUUAUGUUAGAAUUCAAGAUUUCUUGAUAAUGAGCUAAAUUCUAUACUUGUUUGUGGAGUAACUUUAUGUGUUUGUUUGUUGUUAAGUGAUCAAUGAUAUGUUUAGAUGUUCAAAAGGUUUGAUUA